AUGUCCCUUACUUUCGAAGACGCCCUCGCCCUUACUCUACUCGCCUACCGCUCCUCCGUCCACUCUGCCACGGGUCACUCACCUGCAUUCCUCACCUUCGGGCGUGACCCUGUCUCCCCUUAUUCCCAAGACUUCCGCCUCCAAGGACCGAACCCGUCCGACCGACUUGCCGUCCUCAACGCAAUCCGAGCCGACAUACUGUCCAACCUCAAGUCCCUCUACAACUACUCGCUGAGUCAAGCUCGUGAUUUGGACCGUAACGUUCAACUUAAUGACUUGGUGCUUGUUGCGCUUAAUCCACGAGAACUCUACACUGAUGCU